AUGAAACUUACCUCUGCUAUUAAGAAAGAAGUUUUGAAAGACCUUUUAAAAAAUAUCAAUCUUGCUUCAGCUUUUUCGUUUUCUUCUUCCUCUUCUAUUACUGAAGCAAACAAAAAAGAUAUACCGCAAACAACUUCAGACCAUGAACUUCAUCGCUCUAGCACCCCUUCUAAAUCGAAAUGGGAGCAGAAGUUUGAUGAGAUUACCGAAUCUUUAUAUGGACCUCUUCCUAUGACACGCAAGGAGGCGCAAAAUCUUGCAGGAGAUUUAAACAAGUAUCUUGUCACAGAACUUGAGAAGCGGGCCACGAAAAAUGUCAAUGUACCGGUGACAGACCAUUUUAUGGACCUUUUUACAGCUUUAAAUACCAUUUCAACACCCUCAAAUACAUUUUCAUCAGGCCAGAAAGAGUCUUUUGAUUUACACAGCAUAUUACGAGUUGAUGGUGAGAAGAAACGACUUCGUCUGAUAUCGUCAAGCACAAGCUCUGAAGAACUUAAACAGUACUUGACUGAACUAUUUUACAACUCUCAACUAAAUGAAUCUUAUGCCACUGCUAUUCUUCGAAAUAAGGAGUUCAAAGAUGUCAAGCUUAUGGAACGUCUUUUAUUUAACCCGAGCUAUUAUCAUACCAAUAUGAAGGUCUGGAGUCUGAAUAAUUUAAGGUUACAAAUAGCUAAUAAAUACUGGUCUCUUGGUGAUAGAAGCAAAGCAUAUAGUCUUAUUGUCACAGAUUUUGAGUCUGUUUGGGUGCCUGCUUUAGAAACUGGUCUUUUAUCAAGUCGAAAUUUUAUUGAAGGCUUAAUAAAAGCACUAUUUGCCUUUAAACGUGAAGAUAUUCUUCAACUGACGUUAGAUAAUUGGAGGAAACAACUGAAUGAUCUUGGAGUCGAAAAAUCUAAACAAAAAGAGUUUAUUGCUUCUCAUGAGGGUCUACAGAAGGUUUUUGUUUCUAUAUGGAUUGCAUGUGUAAAGACAAGGCAAUAUUCAAUUGCUCAAGAAUGUGCCGAUUGCGCCUCAAAAUACUUUGAGGUCUUGAUGCAGAUUGACGAAAAAGCAAAGAUUUGGACAAUAGUUUUUGACUUUUUAAAGAUUUUGCAUUCACUGUCUUCACAAACUGUUUUUACUACUACUGUUACCCCUAACCUCAAUACCGGAAGCUCAAACAAUUCGACUGUUGGGAAGAUAGAUACCUUGAUACAAAUGCUUGGGAAAUCUGAAGGUAACAUUUUAAGCAGCAUUAUUGAUGUUGCAUCUGAACAGAUGGAACAGCAAAAUUUUAGCAACACAGACAAAACACGUUUAAUAAACUUUGUUUUUGACACUGUAAAGCCGUAUAUUGAACAACGCGUUAAUAUCAUGGCUUCUAGCAACAAAUCAUAUGAUAGCUCGAUAUCGACAGCCCUUGCAUUACAAAAACUCAAAGCAUUAGAAGUCAAGAUCGGUACCAAAUCGAUAUCAAGUUCUGGUAUUAAUCAUGAAGAAUGGCCUAUAGUUCCUACUACUUCAUCUUCUCCAUGA